CGCUCUGGGCCGACUCCCGGCGGCCAUCUUGGUUGUGGGCAGUCGGCCGAGAGGUUGCGCCUGCGCCGAGUCCUGUUAUCUGGCGGCCGCGUUGCGUCCUUGAGGCGAGAGGCUGGAGGGGCGUCGGCGGCCGAGAUGACCCAGGCCGAGAAGGGGGAUACGGAGAACGGGAAAGAGAAGGGCGGGGAGAAGGAGAAGGAGCAGCGCGGCGUGAAGCGACCCAUCGUGCCCGCGCUGGUGCCGGAGUCGCUGCAGGAGCAAAUCCAGAGCAACUUCAUCGUUGUCAUACAUCCAGGUUCAACAACUCUGAGGAUUGGUCGAGCUACAGACACACUUCCUGCCAGCAUUCCUCAUGUUAUUGCACGAAGACACAAACAACAAGGACAGCCCUUGUACAAAGACAACUGGCUCCUAAGGGAGGGACUAAAUAAACCUGAAAGUAAUGAACAAAGACAAAAUGGCCUUAAGAUGGUGGACCAAGCAAUAUGGUCUAAAAAGAUGUCAAAUGGUACAAGACGGAUUCCUGUGUCCCCUGAGCAGGCACGUUCCUACAACAAGCAGAUGCGACCUGCGAUUUUAGAUCAUUGCUCUGGAAAUAAGUGGACAAACACAUCCCAUCACCCUGAGUUUUUGGUAGGAGAAGAGGCCUUGUAUGUUAAUCCUUUGGACUGUUACGAUAUUCACUGGCCUAUCAGAAGAGGUCAGUUAAAUAUUCACCCAGGACCUGGGGGCUCCCUUACAGCUGUUCUGGCAGAUAUUGAAGUAAUAUGGUCUCAUGCGAUACAAAAAUACUUGGAAAUCCCAUUGAAAGAUUUAAAGUAUUACAGAUGUAUCUUGUUAAUUCCUGAUAUCUAUAAUAAACAGCAUGUGAAAGAAUUAGUGAAUAUGAUCCUAAUGAAGAUGGGUUUUUCAGGGAUCGUGGUCCAUCAGGAGUCUGUGUGUGCCACCUAUGGAAGUGGUUUAAGCAGCACGUGUAUUGUAGAUGUUGGAGACCAAAAGACAAGCGUGUGCUGUGUGGAGGAUGGGGUCUCUCAUCGGAACACUCGGCUCUGUCUGGCAUAUGGUGGAUCUGAUGUGUCAAGAUGUUUUUACUGGCUGAUGCAGCGAGCUGGGUUCCCUUACAGAGAAUGCCAGUUAACAAAUAAAAUGGAUUGCCUUCUUCUGCAGCACCUUAAAGAAACUUUUUGUCAUUUAGAUCAGGACAUCUCUGGGCUUCAGGACCAUGAAUUUCAGAUUCGACAUCCAGAUUCCCCUGCCCUUCUUUACCAGUUUCGAUUAGGAGAUGAAAAACUCCAGGCUCCGAUGGCUUUGUUUUAUCCAGCAACUUUUGGAAUCGUUGGACAGAAAAUGACAGCUUUGCAGCACAGGUCCCAGGGUGACCCUGAGGAUCCUCAUGAUGAACAUUACCUGCUGGCCACACAAAGCAAGCAAGAACAGUCUGCAAAAGCUACUGCUGACCGAAAGUCUGCAUCCAAACCCAUUGGAUUUGAGGGGGAUCUUCGUGGCCAGUCCUCUGAUCUUCCAGAAAGACUGCAUUCCCAGGAGGUGGAUUUGGGAUCCUCUCAGGGAGACUGCUUGAUGGCUGGCAAUGAUUCUGAGGAAGCUCUCACUGCACUGAUGUCCAGGAAGACUGCCAUCUCGCUGUUCGAAGGGAAAGCCCUGGGCCUGGAUAAAGCCAUCCUGCAUAGCAUAGACUGUUGUUCGUCUGACGAAACCAAAAAGAAGAUGUACAGCUCCAUCCUGGUGGUGGGAGGUGGUUUGAUGUUUCAUAAAGCUCAAGAAUUUCUGCAGCACAGAAUUCUCAAUAAGAUGCCACCUUCAUUCAGGCGAAUUAUUGAAAAUGUGGAUGUGAUCACAAGGCCCAAGGACAUGGAUCCCCGGCUGAUUGCAUGGAAAGGAGGGGCAGUGUUGGCUUGUUUAGAUACGACACAGGAGCUGUGGAUUUAUCAGAGAGAAUGGCAGCGCUUUGGCGUCCGCAUGCUACGAGAGCGAGCUGCUUUUGUGUGGUGAAAUGGACAGAAAAGUCACUGUUGAAGACCAACACAUAACCUCGUGGUAUAAAAGACUCUUAUAGAACAUUUAUAUUCUAAUUUAUUGACCUAGGUGCUUAAGCUUUCUGAAAAUAAAUGAAUUUUAACUUUUAUGUUGAGAACAUGACAUUGAUGUAAAAAAUAAGCUGCUUUUGUAGUCAGGACAUUUGAGAAUAAAUAAGAACUAAGUCUUCAGUGGUAAACUCUCCUGCCCCUUCUUCCGGGUCUCUAACUCCCAGUGAUCUAAAUUGUUGCAGUAGAAUGGUUCUCAGGUGGUGAAGCCCUUCGUUUAGGUUGGCUUCUGAGAGUCAUCAGGCAGUCUCACAUAACCAUGAGGGGUGGGUAUGUGACUGUGUACCUGAAUUGUGAGAAAUGUCUGGUCAUGCAUUUUCCCUCUUAUCUAGUGCGGCAAGCACAUAUGUCGUGACUUGUGUAUACUGGUAAAAUUCCAACUAGGAAAGUUUUUUUUCUUUUUUAAAAUUUUCUCCUGUAUUACAAAAAGUAUUGGGGCACAUUCAGGUCUAGAUUUCCAGAGGCAAAGAUUUAAGGCUGGGCUGGCUGGCUUUUGUUACUGACAUAAUCUAGGUUGGGCUUGGGGAAGGAAAACAGUCAUUGACCAAAACAGAACAGAAAUGAAAAGGAAAACUCAUUUGCUUCCUAAAGCCAGAUAGAAAUGAUUUAGGUUAAUGAUUUUCCAACAUGUUGUACAGAUAAACAAGGAGACUGCUGUAAUUUCUAACUUCAGCAUCAGGUCCCCAGUUUUCCUUUACCUGAAAAAUGAAGUGAAAGUUCUUGGAGUACUUUUUGUUCAGUAUGAUCGGUUGACCUUACUCUGUGAGCAGUCUGAACCAAAGUUUAAAUAUAGACAGCUAUUACCACCAGUGGUCCAGGCCUUGGUGCAGCCUUCUGAGCCCCGGCAGGGGAAGGGAAGGAGGUUUGGAGACUGGAGCCAGCCAGCACAGCCUAUGGGCUCAGAGACCUGGGAGGAUGGGGAGGAUGCCUAUUUCUUGCCACUCCCUGCCAGGGACCAUCUCACUUCUCUAGAACUGACGGUGGGAGUGGGGCUGGGGGAAAGACAAAAGUAGAUGCAGAUAAGAGAUACAGGUAAGUGGAAUAUAGAAACAGUAAGGACGGUUGCGGGGACUUCCCUGGAAGUCCAGUGGUUAGGACUCGGCACUUUCACUGCUGUGGCCCCGGGUUCAAUCCCUGGUUGGGGAACUAAGACCCCACAAGCUGCGCAGCAUGGCCAAAAAAAAAAAAAAAAAGGAUGGUUGCAAGUUUUAGGACUUGGAGAAAUGCUGUUACCAGAGCAUUUUAAAUAAAUAGGAUUAUUUUGCAUAUCUGCUCAGUAGGUUGGAAACGAAGAGUCUGCCAGUAUUACAAAAUUUUAAUUUGCUAGUAUUGUUUGGGAUGUUUGCUUUAAAUUUGAAAAUUGUAUGCUUUUAUUUUUUCAGUUUUUUAACAAAAUAAUUAAAUUUAUACAAUACUGAU